UGAGAAGAAGCUGACAGGAACUGAGCCUCACCUUCUCUGUGUGCUGGGGAAUAGGGCUACACAGCCCCUGUGGCACCCAUGCCGAAGAACAGCAAGGUGACCCAGCGUGAACACAGCAAUGAGCAUGUCACGGAGUCGGUGGCUGAUUUGCUGGCCCUCGAGGAGCCUGUGGACUAUAAGCAGAGUGUACUGAAUGUGGCUGGCGAGACAGGUGGCAAGCAGAAGGUGGCGGAGGAGGAGCUGGACGCAGAGGACCGGCCAGCCUGGAAUAGCAAGCUGCAGUACAUCCUGGCCCAGAUCGGCUUCUCUGUGGGCCUUGGCAACAUCUGGAGGUUCCCCUACCUGUGCCAGAAAAAUGGAGGAGGUGCCUACCUGGUGCCCUACCUGGUGCUGCUGAUCAUUAUUGGUAUCCCCCUCUUCUUUCUGGAGCUGGCUGUGGGCCAGCGGAUCCGCCGUGGCAGCAUUGGUGUGUGGCACUAUGUGUGCCCCCGCCUGGGGGGCAUCGGUUUCUCCAGCUGUAUUGUCUGCCUCUUCGUUGGGCUGUACUACAAUGUGAUCAUCGGGUGGAGUGUCUUCUACUUCUUCAAGUCUUUCCAGUACCCACUGCCCUGGAGUGAAUGUCCUGUCAUCAGGAAUGGGACUGUGGCAGUGGUGGAGCCUGAGUGUGAGAAGAGCUCGGCUACUACCUACUUCUGGUAUCGAGAGGCCUUGGACAUCUCCAACUCCAUCUCAGAGAGUGGGGGCCUCAACUGGAAGAUGACACUCUGCCUCCUGGUGGCCUGGAGCAUUGUGGGCAUGGCUGUAGUCAAGGGCAUCCAGUCCUCUGGAAAGGUAAUGUAUUUCAGCUCCCUCUUCCCCUAUGUGGUGUUGGCCUGCUUCCUGGUCCGGGGGCUGCUGCUGCGAGGGGCAGUCGAUGGCAUCCUGCACAUGUUCACUCCUAAGCUGGACAAGAUGCUGGACCCCCAGGUGUGGCGGGAGGCAGCCACACAGGUCUUCUUCGCCCUGGGGCUGGGCUUUGGAGGUGUCAUCGCCUUUUCCAGCUACAACAAACAGGACAAUAACUGCCACUUCGAUGCUGCCCUGGUGUCCUUCAUCAACUUCUUCACCUCGGUGUUGGCCACCCUUGUGGUGUUUGCUGUGCUGGGCUUCAAAGCCAACAUCAUGAAUGAGAAGUGUGUGGUCGAGAAUGCUGAGAAAAUUCUAGGGUACCUCAACUCCAAUGUCUUGAGCCGGGACCUCAUCCCACCCCACGUCAACUUCUCACAUCUGACCACCAAGGACUACUCAGAGAUGUACAACGUCAUCAUGACUGUUAAGGAGAAGCAGUUCUCAGCCUUGGGCCUGGAUCCCUGCCUCCUGGAGGAUGAGCUGGACAAGUCUGUGCAGGGCACAGGCUUGGCCUUCAUCGCCUUCACUGAGGCCAUGACACAUUUCCCGGCCUCCCCGUUCUGGUCCGUCAUGUUCUUCCUCAUGCUCAUCAACCUGGGCCUGGGCAGCAUGAUCGGGACCAUGGCAGGAAUCACCACGCCUAUCAUCGACACCUUCAAGGUGCCCAAGGAGAUGUUCACAGUGGGCUGCUGUGUCUUUGCAUUCUUCGUGGGGCUGUUGUUCGUCCAGCGCUCCGGAAACUACUUUGUCACCAUGUUUGAUGACUAUUCCGCCACCCUGCCGCUCACCGUCAUCGUCAUCCUUGAGAACAUUGCUGUGGCCUGGAUUUAUGGAACCAAGAAGUUUAUGCAGGAGCUGACAGAGAUGCUGGGCUUCCGGCCGUACCGAUUCUAUUUCUACAUGUGGAAGUUUGUGUCUCCACUGUGCAUGGCUGUUCUCACCACAGCCAGCAUCAUCCAGCUGGGGGUGUCGCCCCCAGGGUACAGUGCCUGGAUUAAGGAGGAGGCCGCUGAGCGUUACUUGUACUUUCCCAACUGGGCCAUGGCACUGCUGAUCACCCUCAUUGCUGUGGCGACCCUGCCCAUCCCUGUGGUGUUCAUCCUGCGGCACUUCCACCUGCUCUCCGAUGGCUCCAACACCCUCUCUGUGUCCUACAAGAAGGGCCGCAUGAUGAAGGACAUCUCCAAUCUGGAGGAGAACGAUGAGACGCGCUUCAUCCUCAGCAAGGUGCCCAGUGAGGCGCCCUCCCCCAUGCCCACCCACCGCUCCUAUCUGGGGCCUGGCAGCACAUCACCCUUGGAGAACAGCGGCAAUCCCAAUGGACGCUAUGGAAGCGGCUACGUCUUGGCCAGCACCCCUGAGUCAGAGCUGUGACCACAGCUCCACCCUGCCUGCCUCCCCUCAAUACCCAACCUGACCACUCAUCUGGGCCUGGCCUCUUCCUCCAUGGUGGCCACCAGACCCAGGCCAGCCCAAGGAGAGAGGAGCUGUCCUGCCUUGUUCCCCACCCAAGUCCCAGCAGACUCCCUACCUAUGAGCAGGGGACUGGGGACAAUUCAGUCCCUAUUCCAGGCCCCCAACCCAUGUAACUUUUUGAGAACUCUUGCCAAGUUGCAGUCAUGUAACCACAACAAUCCCAGUGUGUGUGGGGGACUUCAAGUGGACACUUUAGGAGUCACCUCCCCGUCUCCCUGUAAAACCUAUCACCUGCAGUUCUUGGGUCUCAGGGAGGGUCCAUUUGUGCUGCUGGUGGUGGUGGCGGACAGAGGCUUCAGGGCUGAGGGUGCCAUUAUCCCAGCCUGCCAUAAGACCGGGACUCAUAGUCCUGUCCAGCGCAGCCAGGCUGCUCCCAAGUUGAGACAGGGAUAGGGACACAUGUGUCGGGACUCAGGCUCUGCUUUGGCAGGAGGUAGAUGGAAUCUCCUCAAGUCUGUCUUUUGAGGAAGGUGGGCCCUCUCAGGGUUAAGCAUGGAUGCUGGCAUCGAAAGGCAUGAGUCCGCAGCCAGCUCCUGGAGUCUUUGAAUGUCCCUAUUUCAGGGGCAAAGGGCAUAUGUUCUUGAUCCUGCCCAAGAAUGUAGUGAUGGGGUCACUUGAACUAGGGCUUAGCCAUUUCUCAAUCUCUUCUAGCCAGCCUGGAGCCAGGGGUGGUGGUCUUUGUCUCUGUCCCAGAGAGAAAAGGGCAAGUUCAAGAUGAGGUUUCCAGAGCACAAUUUGCAGGUUCCCAGCACAAUCUAGAUCAUUUGGAGCACAAGAAAAACCAACAUACUCUUCCGCACCCCACCCGGAGCUCCAGUUUCUCUUUAGUGUCAGCUUCUCCCUGGAAUGAGGGUUCCUGGAGCUCAGAGGUGUGAACCUCUUAGAACCAAGAGCCCUUGUUUCUAAGGAAAGACAGGAAAACUCACUGCCCCUGGGCUGACACUCACCCUCCUUGUUGCACAAGCACAGUCACCGGUGUGCACAUCGUGUGAAGACACCUUGGAAACCCUUCCCAUUCUUUCCCUAGCCUGUUCAGGGACCCACGUGGCUCAGGCAGUUCUGGGCAGAGGAGAGCCUCUGGUCUUAGGCUCCAAGGGAGACACGGUCUAUGGCAGUGUCUCUGGCCUCCUUUCGAGACUCCCCUGUGAUAAGGGUUGCUUCAGAGCAGCCUGUGAGGAUUCGGAAAUUGACCUGAGAUCAGAGUGUCUCUCUGUAGUUUCACAUUAGAAAGAUGGGUAUGUGGACAUAUGUG